AUGCGAGAAAUGGAGGGAAAGGCGGCCUUGUGGUGGCUCGGCCCCUUCCAACCCCCUCACGUCAAGAACCUGUACACGGAAUGCCCCGCGCCAAAGAAGGGCUGGGGGUCGAGCCUGCCGGUGGUAGGCCCGAUCCUGGCUGCGCGUCGCACCGCGCAGCACGUGGCCUGCCUCCAGGCCACGAGGGCCACCCUGCAGCAGCAGCACCUGCUGUUCACCGCCCGAUGUCUGGUGUGGUGGGCAGCGGGGGUCCUGCUGGCCGUGCUGCAGCGCCUCUUGUGGCCAAGGCUGAGGCAGCCACGCGUGCCACGCCCUGCUGGCCCUGAGGUGACUGAGCGACCAGGGACAGGUCAGCCCAAUCUGAUCCUGUAUGGCGCAGUGUCCCCGCAGCAGGUGUCCGCAGCAAUGAGGUGCGCGUGGCACUACCACUUGAUGAUGCGCCUCCACCGGCACCUCCACAGGCCACACACCAAGGCCCUCCCCUCCACCACUGCCCUCCAGCAUCGCCUUGCCCCGACCCCAAUCACCGCCAGUGCUCCAAGUCCCGCCGUCUUCAAGUGUUCUGCCGAGACUUUCAUGCCACAUGUUGCCGCAGCUCUCCUGCAGACUGGUGUGGCCGGCCGUGCCCCCAACACUCCCCCCCCUCCCAGCCACCUUCCCCCUGUCACGGCGGCUUCUCCCCGCCGCUGCCUCCCCACCGGACAUCUCACAGCUUCCCCUCCCCUUCACCAGCCAUCUUCCCCGUCACAGCGACUCCUCCCCAUCGCUGCCUCCCCACCGGAUAUGUCCCAUCCUCCCCGUCACUUCACCAACAUCCAUCUCUCGGCCUCAGGAGUCUCCUCCCAGACUCCUCCAUCAAAAUUAUCCCGUCACACUCCCCCCAUACUCAGACCUUCCCCACCUGAGUCCCACACUUCCCCACCAGACUUCUCCUCCCUCAUGCCGCACCACACACUUUGUCCCAACCAUCCAAGCCGUGGCCACCAACACCGGCCCCCAAGGACCUUCAGUCCUCGGUUCCAGCGUCCCCAACAAACCCAUCGUCCCCCCCGCCAUCACCACUACAACCCCGUCCCCCUUACCAACACUGGUCCCAACAUCAACACCAACCCCCUUACCAAUCACGUCCACAAUAUCCCCACCGUCCCCCACACCACCCACGGCCCCCACACCAGCAGGAGACACGUAUAA